UCUGCGAUUCGCUUUUUGCACAAACAGAAGUUACAGAAUGUUUUCCGUCAAAUUUUUAGUCGUUCUCUUACCUAAGUCCUUUCUUUUCUUUUUGGGUUUCCCUGCGAUGUUUAAUCUGAUCCUCUCCCGCCCACAGAGCCGAGCCUGAAGUCUGAAAAAUUCUUCCAUGAACACUCUCCGUCGAUCCAUCUCCACUCUGACCUACACCCCGAACAAUCUUUUCCAAUGCAACAAGCAAAUACAGGACUUCUUCCGUCUGGGGCAGGUCAGCGACGCCCGGCAGCUGUUCGACGAGAUGUCUCAAAGAGAUUCUAUCACAUGGAACCUAAUGAUAUCCGGUUACUGUAACAAUGGCCGCCUUGAUGAUGCAAGAUGCCUUUUUGAUGCUUUUCAAGGCAAGAAUGUCCGGACUUGGACCUCAAUGCUCUCUGGGUACGCCAAAGCUGGAAGAGUAUAUGACGCAUCCUUGAUCUUUCAUGCCAUGCCGGAGAGAAAUGUUGUCUCCUACAAUGCUAUGAUUACUGGGUACGUAUAUAAUGGGGAUGUUCAAAGUGCGAGAGUGUUAUUUGAUGGCAUGAGCGAGAGAAAUAUGGCUACCUGGAACUCCAUGAUUAUGGGUUACUGCAGGAGGUGUUGGAUGCGCGAGGCACGUGAACUGUUUGAUGUAAUGCCUGAGAGGAAUGAGGCUUCGUAUAUGGUUAUGAUUUCUGGUCAUGUGGCAAUUAGUGAAUAUGAGGAAGCAUGGAGGGUGUUUUUAGAUAUGCACAUGAGAGGUGAGGCUAGACCGGACCAGCCAAUAUUAUUGGCUGUGAUGUCGGCAAUCACUGGAUUGGAUGACGUGAGAUUGGUUGCUUACUUUCUGCCACUUGCAAUGAAGAUAGGAUACAGUGAUGAUGUUGUUGUAGGGACUGCAAUUCUUAACACCUUUAGACGAACUAUGAGUUUUGAUUCUGCCUUAAAGUUUUUCAAUGAUAUGCCAGAGAAGAACGACUACACUUGGAGCACAAUGAUAUCAGCCUUCUCCCAGUGUGGAAGGUUGGAAGAUGCGAUUCUGUUGUAUAGACAAGUUCCAGAACAAAACAUUGGGACCCAGACUGCAAUGUUGACUGCCUAUGCCCAACAUGGAAGGAUGAAUGAGGCGAGGCAUAUCUUUAACAAGAUCAAGAGCCCGUGUGUACCUACCUGGAAUGCCCUUCUUAGUGGAUAUGCACAAAACAGAAUGGUUGAGGAGGCAAGGGAGCUGUUUUUUACCCAAAUGCCUACCAGGGACAUGGCUUCUUGGGGAACAAUGGUUUCUGGGCUUGCUCAGAGUGGGGACAACAGAGGAGCUUUAGAGGUAUUUGUUGAAAUGCACAGAUUGGAUAUCACUCCAAACCAUUCUAUUUUAACUAGUGCCCUAUCUGCUUGCGCGAACAUGGGAGACGUUGUUAUGGGUAAACAGCUACACUCUCUCACCAUCAAGACAGGGUGCCAGUUUAAUUCUUUCAUAGGGAACGGAUUGAUAAACAUGUAUGCUAAAUGUAAGAAUAUAGAAGAUUUUUCUCGGGUAUUUGAUGUCAUGAAAGUCAGAGACAGAGUUUCUUGGAACUCGCUGAUCUCAGCCUUUUCAGAGAACAACAUGCUGACAGAUGCUGUUGAAGUAUUCAAGAUGAUGCCAGACCAAAACGUUGUGGCUUGGGCCACUUUGAUAUCUGCCUAUGUCCAAGCUGAACAAGGUGACAUAGCUUUCCAGUUAUUCCAUGACAUGCUGAAUGAUGGAAUAAGACCAAGUGAACAAACAGUCACUAGUCUACUGAGUGCGAGUGGGAGCCUCGGUUCCACAAAAUUAGGGGAACAGGUUCACGCGUUAGCAUAUAAAGUCGCCUUGGAUCUGCGCUUGUUCGUUCAUAAUGCACUCAUAAGCAUGUAUUUUAAGUGUGGGUCCCACAAAGGAUUUCAGGUUUUUGAGGAUACGGCGGUCGAACAAGGAGACAUUGUCACUUGGAAUGCUGUUUUAACCGGUUGUGCUCAGAACGGGUUAGGCAGAGAGGCCAUCAAUAUUUUUGAGAGAAUGAAGUUUGCAAAGGGCGUCCCUAACCAAGUAACCUUUCUUCAGCUAUUGUCUGUUUGCAGCCAUUCAGGGCUAGUGGAUGAAGGUUUGAAUUAUUUUGAUUCAAUGAUUCGGGAUUAUGGCAUUCCGCCUUCAAUCAAUCACUAUACGGCAGUAGUUGAUCUUCUUGGGCGGGCCGGUAGACUCUCUGAAGCAGAAUCACUGGUAAACAGUAUGCCUAUGAAGCCAGACACUGUUAUCUUGGAUUCUCUCCUUGCUGCUUGUAAAAAUAACAAGAACACAAACCUUGGCCAGAAAAUUGCAGAAAGACUAUUUCGGAUGGGUACAAAAAAAUCAGGAGCAUAUGUGUUGCUAUCAAACAUUUAUGCUUCCCAAGGCAUGUGGGAGGAAGUUGGGAACAUACGAAGCACAAUGCUGAAACGGGGAGUAAAUAAAGAGCCAGGUUUUAGCUGGAUCUAUAUCAAAGGAAAACUGCAUUCUUUCCUUGCAGGCAAUAAGAGUAUGAUGGAAGAGCAGUUGACAGAGAUUUCUUCAAUGUUGGAAGAUUUUUGUGUACGGUUCAAACCAAUGGGAUAUUUUCCUGACACGAAAUUUGUUUUGCAUGAUGUGGAUGAAGAGCAAAAGGAAGGCGAACUUCUUUACCAUAGUGAAAAGAUCGCUGUGGUCUUUGGCAUCUUGAGAUUGCCACAAGGUUCGCCCAUUCAGGUUAUGAAGAAUCUUCGUAUCUGUGGCGACUGCCAUAUUUUCAUGAAAUUCUUAUCCAAAGUAACACAACGCAAGAUAGUAAUUCGGGAUGGUAAUAGAUUCCACCACUUCCAAAAUGGCAUAUGUUCUUGUGGAGAUUACUGGUGAUCGUUUCCUGGGAUAGUGCUUAUAGAGGGAUUUACUGAAACCAUGUUCUGUAAAUGGUUAAAUAAAAUGUUGGAAAUUUUAUGCAAAAACUCCUUGCUGUGAUGCUGGUCCAGACCUUGGACAGAAGGCGAGUUUUGAGAUGCAGAACACAUUCUUCUCCAUCUUAGGCUUUUGGGAUAUGAGUGAGGAGAUGCUCUAAGAUUAUGGAAACAAGGUUCAUAAUAUACUUGGGGAUAACAUACUAUCCCCCUAUAAUGAAGAAGCUAUUGGUGGAUCAAUGCAUCAAGCACCUCCAGUUGAUCAAGAAUUGCUUUGUAGUGUUAAAGAUCUUUGAAGAAAGUCCUUGCAUCAAAUGGUUAAACAGCUGGUAUGCUGUAUAACGCUUGAGAUAAACACUUGAGGAGAUUGAGGCUGAGGAGAUUGAGGCUUGGAUGUUGUUGUUGUAGAGGAGAUUGAGCUAUCUUCUACCUAUCAUCAGAUUUUGGUUAGCAAUAGGGCUAAACAAAGUAUUCUUCAAGCAGUUUUGGGCUCUUGGCAAUAUGUUCUCUCAGAGAUGAGGGCAAGAGGUGAAGUUUUCAUGAUUUCUGAUUCUCCCCCCACCCAAUCGAGACAACAGCAGAAAAGGUUUGUGAAGGCAGGAAAUGUAUAAUGUAGAGCAGCAGCAGCAGUAGUAAUUCUAUUGUUGUACGUUUCUUUGACAUUGAACUCGAUGUCUGAUUCAAAUGUGAUAAACAAUGCAGAGGCAUUCUUUGUUGCUGAUUUAGGAAGGGGUUAGGUACAUAUACUACAAAAAUACAAAUAGCCAAUAUGUCCAGGCUAUACAUGUAGUCAGGUUGCUGGGGUAAAGAUUAGACUUCAUGUCUUGGAGGCAGGCUAUGUAAAAUGGAUUUUAAUUCUUAAUAGCUGGAAUGUAAUAUUUAGGCUGACUCGGUUCGGGCCGGGCCCGGUUCGGGCCUUGAACCGGUCGGGCCUCGGUUCACCAAUAGGAGGGCCCGGGCCCGAACCGGCGGUGACCGGUUCCGGGCCGGUUCCGGGCCUGACCGGGCCGGUUCCGGGCCGGUUCACCCGCCCCCCCCUUUUUUUUUUUUUGGCUUCUCUUAUUUAACCCUCUACCCCUCACCCUCAACCCCAAACCACCCCAAACCACCUCAAAUGGCCCAAAAUAUCUAAUCCAACCCAAAAAUUAAAAAAAUUUCAAAAAAAAAUAAAAAAAAAAAUUAUUCCGGCCCGGACCGGGCCCGAACCGGCCGGGCCGGUUCACCAAAUGGAGGGCCCGGGCCCGGAACCGGUAUCCACCGGGCCGGUUCAACCCGAACCGCCGGUGGACCGGGCCAUCGGGCCGGGCCGGUUCCGGUUCGGGCCGCCCGGCCCGAGUCCAGCCCUACUGACAAUGGUAGAAAGAGUUUUGCGUGUGAAAUGAAUUCCACUCUUGUAAUUACCUGAUUCAAGUCACUUUUUCUUCUUAUUGACUUAGAUUUUUUGUGAUUUUACCAAGAAGACCAAAUUAUUUACUUCAACCGAUUCAACGUAUUACUAAUUGAAAAUGAGAUAAAAAGUGCGCAUCUUAAUUUUUUGGCUAAUAUUGCUUCUUAAGACUUAAAUGGACCGAGUGAUGACAUUUCUAGCUUCAUUUUAUGAUUUCCUCUAAUUCAUAAGUUAAUCUAAUUGAGCCAUAUCAGAGAAUUAAUUCCUGUUAAUCUCUCCCCCCAACAACUAUUGUAUAACUUGGUAAGGCCAAAGGGCAAUCGUAAUCCAUUAUUACUGUGGACUUGACAAGAAAAUAAUCGUAAUACAUACAUACUAAGUACCUCAUACAACAAACAAGAGUAUUUGGUUACAUGCACACAUGCCAACACAUAGGC